UUUAUAUUGUAGAAAAAUAAAUUUUUUAUUGAAAUGGAUAAAGUUGCUGAAUUAAGUGAAGCGCUUCCAUCUCAUGCAAAUGAUAUAGUUCACAUUGAAGUAUGUCAAAAUCAAAAAAGUGUUGCUUGGUCAACUGAUAUAAAAAAGCAUGUAUUUGAGUUUUUAACAAAAAUUCCAUUAAAAUAUGGUGAUACCUAUACAGAAUUUUCUGGGGAUGAUUUUCUAGCUGCUAAUGUUGAAUUCAUAAGUAUAUUUGAUGUUGAUGGUUCAUCAUCUACACCAAUUGAUAAGUCGAAGUUUCAAGCAGCCAUUCAUGUUUUUCAAUUGCAUACAGAAGGUGCUGCUUCAGAAGAAAUUGACGAAGAUGAACUAUCUGCAGCAAGCCAUUGGAUUCUUCCUGCAACUGAAUUUCAAGGAAUGUGGGAAAGUCUAGUUUUUGAUGUGGAGGUCAAACAACAGCUAUUAAACUAUGCGUCAACUACACUUCUUUUUUCAGAUAGAGCUGUGGAUUCUAAUAUAAUAUCAUGGAAUAGAGUUAUACUUUUACACGGCCCCCCUGGUACUGGCAAAACAUCAUUAUGCAAAGCACUGGCUCAGAAGUUAGCAAUACGCUUAUCAGACAGAUUUCGUUAUGGUCAACUUAUAGAAAUAAACAGUCACAGUUUGUUCUCAAAGUGGUUUUCAGAGAGUGGAAAAUUAGUUCAAAAAAUGUUUCAAAGAAUUCAAGAACUUAUUGAUGACCCAGAAUCCUUAGUUUUUGUUUUAAUUGAUGAGGUUGAAAGCUUGACAGCAGCUCGCACAGCAGCUAUGAAAGGAGCUGAACCCUCAGAUGCCAUAAGAGUAGUUAAUGCACUUCUAACACAAAUUGAUAAUAUUAGAAGAUUCCCUAACGUUAUGAUACUUACAACAUCAAAUAUAACAGGAGCAAUUGAUCUAGCAUUUGUAGACCGAGCAGAUAUUAAACAAUACAUUGGUCCUCCUUCGUUGCAUGCAAUAUUUACAAUAUACCACUCUUGUAUCACUGAGUUAAAAAAGAAGCAACUUAUUGCUCGCGCUAACUUACCAGAUCUCAGAACAUUAAAAAUGAUGAGAUUCCAAGAAAAUGAAGCAAAUUCUAUUAGUUUUCGUCUCUUGGAGGUGGCAAGAAAAAGUAUUGGUUUAAGUGGGAGAACAUUGCGAAAGUUGCCCUUCUUAGCGCAUGCUCUUUUUUUACAGUCUCCAGGUAUGGUAACUCAAUCUCAGUUCAUUAGCGCACUUUCUGCAGCAGUUGAUAAACAAAUUGACGACCGCUGUAAGCUUUCAUCCGAAAUCAAAAAGCAAUUCGACGACACACCUUUUCAAAAUCUUCCAGUAGAUCAAAAUCAAACCGACAAACAAGUCGCGCAAUUAAUUGAAAACAGUGAUUUUAAGACGCAGAAUGGUUUUGGUCAUUAAGUUUAGUUUGCCAACUAAGAUUGAAAAUUUCAAUUAUGAGAUUUCAAUUACUUUUAGGAGGAUAAAGAUUAUAAAGAAGAGACGAAUGUUGCAUUUGAAAUUUUAAAUGUUUUAUUUUUACAUAAUUUUAUGAUGAUAGAUCCCUCCAACAUAACGAGUUUUUAUAAGUUUUUUAGAAAUUUGUUAAUUUUUAAUGUUGUGAAUAGUUUUGAAAAAUAUUGACUAUAUUUAUUA